GACUCCAAGGGUACAACUACAGUGUACACUGUAUUUUACAAUGCUCGUAUCAGUUGCGGUACGUUUUUGUACAAUCGGCUUGUUACUAAGUCUAACUUUGGUUGUAACAAGUACUGAGAGUGAGGCCUCUUCUGAGGUUACUCCAGUGUCAGUCUCACAGAAAGACAUUUAUAGACGACUAUUGAAGCAUAAACGUCAGGAUCAUGCCCUAGCAGUGAAAACGAUUUCACAGAUAGAUGAUUUUGUCAAACAGUACAGGAUGAUCGAACUGGUGUUGGACAAACUCUUCCAGGUACUAGCAGAUGCUCGAGUGCAGAUCAAUGUAAGUGGAUGGCAACCUGAUAUGCCAUUCCCUGAUAAUGAGAAGGACAGAGAGGCCGUGGCUCAAGUCAUUGAAAACACAUUGCUGUUUGGAGACAUUCUAUUGAGAAUACCAGAUAUGACACACGAGAUCUACAAAAGUCAGACUAGAAGACGUGAACUUGUUAUUUGGUCCCUCCAACUGUGUAAUGAGACUGAUGUUUUUGAACAUGCAGAAAGGAAGCUGUUGAAUCUGAUGAGUCAAGAGCUGGGUGUCAUACCAAUGGAGGAAGACUACAUAAAUCCUUACAGAAUCAAAUUGAAGAAACCAAGUGCUCCUCAGAAGACGCCAAAGAAGAAACAACGACAGCCAAGAGAGAAAAAGCCUCGAUUAGGUGGACGAAGACUGGAGUUGUGAUAAUUACUACAUAAGAAAUAUGAAUAAAUAAUAAAAUAUUUUCUCCAGCGAGCACAAGGUUUAAUUUCUUCUCUGGUAAAUUUAAAAAU